AUGGCCAGCAGCAGCAGCCGCGGCGGCAGCAGCAGCAGCGACCCCAGCGGCCACCCCAGCACAUUUCGCACACCAGAGGCUGCAGCAGCAGCAGCAGCAGCAGCAGCAGCAGCCAUUCCUUCUAUUCCCUUUCUAGCAGACGCAGCAGCCCAUCCGCAGCAGCAGCAACAGCAGCAGGACGCAGCAGCAACAAGAACCACAUCUCGUCCGAGCAGCCGCAGCAACAUCAGCAGCAGCCCAGCAGCAGCAGCAGCUGCCCCGCAGCAACCGCAGCAGAACACAGCGAGCGCAGCAGCAGCAGCAGCAGCAGCAAGCAGCGACCAGAGCAGCAGCAGCAGCAGCAACAGCCCACAGCGGACGCAGCAGCAGCCACCGCCGCCGCAGCAGCAGCCACAGCAGCAGCAGCAGCAGCAGCAGCAGCAGCAGCAGCAGCAGCACCCGGUUGAGCUUGCUGGGAUCGGCUUUGGAGACGUCGAUCCCAGGCACAAUGUCAGUGCGAGCAGCAAGAGCAGCAGCAGCAAGCAGCAAACCCAAGUUGAAAGACACAAACCCUCUGCUGCUGCGCGGCGGCCUGGACUCCAGCACUCGCCGGAAGCUGCUCAGCGCCGCUCGCUGCAGCAACGCACACCCCACACGCUGCUGCUGCUGCUGCUGCUGCUGCUGCUGCUGCUGCAGCGGCAGUGGGGUGGUGGGGCGGGGGCUGGGGGUGAGCUAGAAGCAGCAGCAGCUCGCAGCAAGCGCCAGUUGCUGCUGCUGCUGCUGCAGCUGGGGGAGGAGCUAGCCAGCCGAAUAGGCAAAACGCAGAAGCAGAAGUGCUAG